UCUAUCUCUAUCAUGUGGACUACUAGGGCCAGCCUGGAUGACGACAUGUGGUCCUCGUCCAACAAUGUCGAUACGAUCGACGAUUCUCCUUUCUCGUGCGCUUCUUCGCAUGCUCGGAUUCACCGUUCUCCUUGGAUUUUCACCACUUCUACUUUCCCAUGGUUCGUCUGCUGCCACGCCUGAUCAUGAGGAAAACAUCGACACCUUCUGUGACGUAGUGAAUACGAAACUUGACCACCAAAGAAGCUAUGCUGAAUUGAAGGGAUUACCGAACAGCGGCACGACCUUGCAUUCUUUUAAGGCCACUGCAGUUCUUGCAUUCUUAAAUCGAUACGCACUCCUGUGUCCUUUUUAAUAGAGCAGGAAGAGGACAAUUUAUUUACGACAUAGUUAGAUGAAAUACUGACUUUGAAGAGUCCUCGGAUCUCGGUAUACUACUUUAUUAGUAAUAGAGUAGGAGAACGGCUGGACAAGGCGAAGGCGGAUGGUUUCAAGGGUGCGGCUGCAUUGGAUCUAAAUUUUGGGCCUACAUGGGCCUGUUGCGGUCAGCUCUGAAGGCGGACCCCAAUAAUCUUCUCGCCAACAGCUGCUACGAUCACAUCACUUUGGUCAAUGUCUGCCGCUCUUAUCUCAAUCUUGAUCCGAGGUUGUUGAAAACCUCGCCUAGAAGUGGAAAAAGUGGUGGUGGAGGAGGUGGAGGUGGAGAACGAGACGAAGGUGGAGGAGAGCAACAAGAGGAAGAAGAAGACUUCGCAAGUAGAGGAAAUCAAGGGCAAAAAAAUGAUCGGAGCAAAAGUAGUGAAGAUCUUCAUCUCGUCUCAACAUUCAGACGAGGGCCUGAAGAUCUUCAUCUCUCAAGAACAAGCAGAGGGCCACCAGGGUCACGUCGUGACCGCCGUGGCGAUGCCCGAAUGCGAUGUCUAUGUCGUCUAUUGCCUAUUCCAGAAGCCUUGACUUAUGAUGCGGUCUUCAGUGAUCAUGGCUAUCCCACACCAGGGUCAGUGGAUCGCGUUUCUGUCGUCGAGCUUCUGAGGCAUCCAGCCGAUGUAGUCGCUGGAUGGAUCAAAAGUGAUAUUUUCACGGAGAAUCGCACAGCAACGACGAAGAGAAAGAGGCCUCCGUAUGUUAUGACUGAGACUGCCCGUGUUGGAGAAAACUAAAAAAUAGCUCUUAGUCUUACUCGGAACAUGGCUGUGGGUGCCUGUGCGAACAGGGUCGUUCUUGCAUAAGUAACUUCUUCGUUAUCUUUAUCAUAUCUGCGAUACUAUAACCUUUAGCUUUACCUACAUUCAUUUCAUCUUUUACUUUUCCUAGUUAGAUUGGCUCCACCCAUAUUAUAUUUAUCAUGUUGAUUAUAUUUCUAUACUGGAAAUUAUAAUCUAAAUUUGACGUGGUUGGAUCGCAUUCCAUCAGCGCAAUCAGUACAAUGGAGUAGUUCUAAUCCUCGAUCUUCUUUUCGCAGGAACAGGACAGUCGCAGAUGAUUAUGACGAACGCCACGUCAAACUCAAAAGCAUUUCGGCUUUGGCGAAGCAAUACACAAGAAAAGUAGGACACCAAAUACUAUACCCUUUAUGUUCUAUCACUAUCUGGUAGGCAGAACUGGGGGCUGUGCAACUAGCUCUGUAGCACAACUAGUUGAAUGUUCAAAAAUAGACUCAGUCGCAGCCAUCUUUCAGUUGAAUAUAUCGUAGUGUAAUGGUGUAGAAUGUUCAAAAAUAGACUCAGUCACAGUCAUCUUUCAGUUGAAUAUAUCGUAGUGUAAUUACGUAAAAAGCUACGACUUCGGUUGCAGAAGAAGGCUCAGCAAAUAAAUGUAACGCUAAAAGAAAUUGACAAGUCCUCUAAGCUAUUACUGAGGAAUUGACUCGUUGGUUUCCUCUAAGGCAUUGCUGAAGAUCCUGACUCGUCUUCUAGCAGCGUGUCCGUGUCAGAACGAUCGACGGAUGAAAUCGACAUCACUGGUCUUUCCGCGGCUUUGAUUAAGCGCUGGACUGAGUACGCAGCUUGGAUGAGGGGGCGGCUUAUCUCUUGGCAAGACCUGGGGGAUUCUUUCUCUGUUACGACUGCGGAGGGAUCAGUGUCCGAGGAGGUACUACGCGUCAUGUCUUAUCUGUAUGAUUAUUCGGGGGGAUGCCUAUGUAUUUACCGUGGACUGCCCGUCGCCGGUGCUUCCGUUCGCCGCCUUACUUUCUUCGAAGGGGCGUGCGCCGACAUGCAUGGCCUCGCAUCGCCUCGGCUUCUGGACAAAGAAUCGCGCCAAGGAGCUCGCUGCUGAAGUUAUCGACGCGACCGCGUGGCACUGUGAUGACCACAGAACAGAGGGCACACAAAUGGCCCAAAAUGAACGCGGUUCAAGUAUGGGCGUGCUUGGGUUGCGGUUCGCUCCUUUGUUUCUUUGUCACGUUCCCGCCCCGACAAGAACGCUGCCGCGCUCGGGUUUUGUUUGGAGAUCGAUCAACAAGCUCGGCCGCGGGAGAUAGGGCUGGAGCGUGGCAGAGAGGGCGCGCGCCCUCUGACUUUUUUCACCACUUUCACAAACGUGUGUAGAAUAUUUAUUAGUGCCAUGUCCAUCUCACACUAGUUUUUCUUGUUACUCUUCAGACCAACUUUGCCCAGCCGCGGGAGUUGGACCACACCGAUACAACCACCGGCGCGGAAGCGGAUGUUGCCAAGAAGUCAAUAUCUUCAAGCUUCUUCGGUGGCAAGGCGUCAACGCUUUACUAUGAGGAUUUUUUAGAGCAGCCGCGCUUACAAUUAAGCCGCAUGGUCGAAGCUUUUCGUGUGCCUUUCGCGCACAUCGUGGACAUCCGCGAAUUCGAAAGCCCCUCAUCAUCGUCUUCGUCGGAGCGGCGGCCUAUUCUGUAUUUGCGCAAGCAGGAUUUUGACGAAGCUCUUCGCCUAAGUGGGCGCUCGUAUCAGCAGAAACUAUGUGCGACGUCACUCAAGCGUGCGCACCAGCGGCAGAACUGGAAGCCAUCACAGCAGACAAAAGACCUCCUCAAGAGGAUCCGAGAAAAAUUGGAGUUAUGACUGGAAAACGGUUUUCUUUUCAGUGGUAUUGUCUAGGUACUUCUACUUUUGUGGAUCAUUUGUUGAGUGUUUCAUCGUAGAAGUGGUAAAAAAAGCACACGGCUAGGUCGUAGACGGCAAUGAGAGCAUGCCUCCGACGAGUGGAAGCGAAUAGAGUGUGGACUUCCUGAAAUGGUGAAUCACAAUCGACUUCGCUUCCUCUAAUCCACUCCGAAUACGCCAGACCGUACUACGAGAUUGGCGCGAUGCGAGCACUCGGAAUGCAUUACCUGUAUGAGCGUUACUUCGAAGAGGAUCCACACAGCUUCAGCUAUCUACCUAGAAGUGCAAAAACCACCCGCAUGUGUCCUGGAAUGCUUUUCAUGGAGGAUAUGAGGAGGGCUAGAGAUGACGAGACUAGUAGUCGUACUAGAAGUUCGGAGCAGGAAGGUUCAGGAGCACCAGGAGAAGAAGCGUCAACUUUCACAGCAACAACAACUUCUCGAAAUUAUUACACCAGUUUUCUGAGGAACAACCUUCUCAGUUUGUCGUCGGACCAGUUGGCAAGGACAAGUGUGGUAAUAAAAGGGCGAAACUGCUCAGAAGUUGUAUAUUGGUCAGACGCGGAGCGGGUUAAGAGGAUUAUAUGGUCUCUUCAAACAGUAUCGAAAAUGGUAACUUUCGGGUAGAUGCUGGGAGUAGGGGGAUAUGGGCUCUUCACAUUGAGAAGAUUGAGGAUUUUUCUCGUCGUUGGUAUAAUUGUCCGAAUCCUUUACGAUAAUUUGCUAUAGAGGUGGCUUUUCUAUUGUUCUUAUGGAGUCACUUUCGUUCUUUAAAAGUGUUCUGUUCCUCGUUGAACGUCGAACAAAUUUGAAUUAGCUUGCAAACUAUGACUCCACGUCAU